AUGAAUUCAAGAGACCCACCCAGUAAAAUUUUGUUACUUAUCAUAACUUACCUACCUCCUUCUUUCCCUCUUACGAAUGAUUACUUGUUUGAGACUUUCAAAUAAUACGGAGAGAUCAAGAAAAUACUCAUUUUUGAGAGAGGAAAAACAAAUAAAGCCUUCAUUGAAUAUUAUGACAUCAAACAUGCAAUCUAAGCUAGAAGAGAUAUGAUGGGUAAAUCAAUUACAAUUUAGGGAGGCAGGCUCCUCAUCCACUUUUCUCGUUUAAAGUAGCUCAAUCUCGAAGUGGUUGAUCAUACGCGUGGCACUCAAUAUUAACCUCAUGAAGUAGAGACAUAAGUUUAACCCGAAAAGCAAGUCUAAAAUCUGCAAAACGCUCCAAUUUUAAUUUAAGAAGAAAUUAAACCACCUAUAAUUGAUUUAACUUAGGUGAUUAAAUUAGAAGCUGUCGAUGUGUCUCAUGCUUCUGAAGAAUCUCCGACUAAAGCGAUUAUGGAAACAUAAUUAAAAUAAUUGGAAAGAAUUUUAGAUGAAGAUUAUGCAAAUGAAGUAGCAAGAUCUAACCUUACUCAAUUUGAUGAAUAACAAUAAGUCAUUAAUUAAUUACUGACUUAAAAACCAUCGAAAUAUUUGAAAGUACAAAACAUUGAUGAGAGAGUGACCGCUAAAAUGUUGUAUAAUAUGUUCAAUAGAUUUGGUCAUUUGAAUGCAUUAUUAUUUUAAAAGAAGGACAAUACUGCAAUCUUACAAUUUACAAAUGUCGAUCAUUCUACUAUUGCUAAAGAACUCCUCAAUAAUAUUAUGUUUUUCAGCAGAGAAAUAAGAAUAUUGUUUCAUUAGGUUGAUAAUCUUGAAGCAUCAAAUCCUAAUGAAGAAUAUUAUGUUGGUAGUUAAACUAAGUUUAAAAUUGUUCCUCUUAGUAAAGUCCUCGUGUUUUCUGGAAUCAACGAUUUGCUUGAUAUUCAAGACAUGGUAAAACUUGGUCGGUAAAAUUCAAGAAAUCAAAUUAGAAUAAAACUGUAUUUAGAUUACUAUGGUGGAUAUCUAUGAGGCAUUGAAGGUAAUUUCAGUUCUUUCAGAAUAUGAGUAUAAGGGAAACAAAAUCAAUCUAACUCUUAAAU